AUGCUUUUAUCUAUCUAUCUAUCUAUCUAUCUAUCUAUCUAUCUAUCUAUCUAUCUAUCUAUUUCAUUUUCAUUUGGGUUUUUGACAUUUGAUGCUCAACCUUGUUUUUCCCCUCUUUUUAUUUCCUAUUAUCUUUCAUUCAUUCUUUCUUUCUUUCUAUCUUUUUUCUUUCUUUCUUUCUUCUUUUCUUUCUUAUUUUUUUCUUCUUUUAUCUUUGCUAUUACCUUUCCUUUCUUUUUUAAACGAUUUUUCUUUCUUUCGGUAAUUUUGAAUUCUGAAAUAUUUUCUUUUUGUCUUUCUUUUCAGAAAUUCCUUUUUUAUAAAAAAAAAAAAAAAAUUUCUUUUAUUCUUUGGAUAUUGUUUUUACUUGCUUCAUUUUUUCUGCGCAGCCAUCCUUCCUUCUUUUCUUCUUUUUUUUCUUACUUCUUUCCUUCCUUCCUUCUUUCCUUCAUUCCAUCCUUCCUUCCUUCUUUUCUUUCUUUCCUUACUUCUUUUCUUCCUUCUUCCUUCUUUCCUCCCUUCUUUCCUUACAUUCGUCCUUCCCUCUUUUCUUCUUUGUUUCUGUUUUCCUUCCUUCCUUCCUUUCUUCCUUCCUUCCUUCUUUUCUUUCUUUCUUUUCUUCUUUUCUUCCUUCUUUCCUCCCUUCUUUCCUUACAUUCGUCCUUCCCUCUUUGUUUCUGUUUUCCUUCCUUCCUUUCUUCUUUCUUCUCUUUUCAUCUUUCCUUCUUUACAUUCUUUCCUUCCUUCUUUCCUUCCUUCUUUCCUCCCUUCUUUCCUUACUUUCAUUCUUCACUCUUUUCAUCUUUUUCUUCCGUCCUUUCUUCCUUCCUUUUUCUUCCUUUCUUCCUUUCUUCCUUUUUUCUUUCUUUCUUUACUUCUUUCUUUCUUUUCUUCCUUCCUUCUUUUCUUUCUUUCUUUUCUUCGUUUCUUCCGUCAUUCCUCCCUUCCUUUUUCCUUCCUUCCUUUCUUCCUUUUUCUUUCUUUCUUUUUCUUCUUUCUUUCUUUUCUUCCUUCCUUCUUUUCUUUCUUUCUUUUCUUCUUUUCUUCAUUCCUCCCUUCCUUCCUUUUUCCUUUCUUCCUUUUCUUUCAUUCUUCUCUUCUUUCCUUCUUUUUUUCCUUCCUUCUUUCUUUCUUUCGUCCUUCCCACUUUUCUUCUUUGUUUCUUUUUUUCCUUCCUUCCUUCCAUCCUUCUGUUCCUUCCUUCUUUUCUUUCUUUCUUUUCUUCUUUUCCUUCCUUCUUUCCUCCAUUCUUUUUCCUUCCUUCCUUCCUUCCUUCCUUCCUUCUUUGUUUCUUCCUUCCUUCCUUCCUUUCUUUCUUUUCUUCUUUCUUUUUUUCUUCCUUCCUUCUUUCCUUUCUUUCGUCUUUCCCUCUUUUCUUCCUUGUUUCUUUUUUCCUUCCUUCCUUCUUUCCUUCUUUCUUUUUUCUUCCUUCCUUCUUUUCAUUCUUUCCUUCCUUCUUUCCUUCCUUCUUUCUUUCUUCUUUCUUUCUUUCGUCCGUCCUUUCUUUCUUUCCUUCCUUCCUUUUUCUUUCUUUCUUUCUUUCUUUCUUCCUUCUUUUCCUUCCUUCUUUCCUCCCUUUUUUCCUUACAUUCGUCCUUCCCUCUUUUUUCCUUUCUUUUCUUCCUUCUUUCCUUCCUUCCUUCCUUCCUUCUUUUCUUCUUUCUUUCCUCCCUAUUUUCCUUACAUUCGUCCUUCCCUCUGUUCGCCUUUCUUUUUUCUUUCCUUCUUUUCUUUCUUUCUUUCUUUCUUCAUUCCUUCCUUUCUUCUUUUCUUUCUUUUCUUCCUUCUUUUCUUCUUCCUUCUUUCCUCACUUCUUUUCUUACUUUAGUCCUUCCCUCUUUUCUUCUUUGUUUGUGUUUUCCUUCCUUCCUUCCUUCUUUUUUCUUUCUUUCUUUCUUCCUUCCUUUCUUUCUUUCUUUCUUUUCUUCCUUCUUUCCUCCACUCUUUCUUUACUCUCACCCUUCCUUCUUUUCUUGUUUGCUCUUUUCUCUUUUCCUUCCUUUCUUCCUUCCUUCCUUUCAUUGCAUCCUUCUUUCUAUUUUUCUUUCCUUCAACCUUUAUUUCAUUUAUUCCUUUCUCUCUUUCUUUACACUCACCCCGCCUUCCUUUUUUUCUUUCUUUCUCUCUUUUCAAUCUCUUUCGUACAUACUGCCAGUAUCACUUUCUGUAUUCGCUUUCCCUCCCUUAUUCAUCCUUCACAGGUUGUAUCAUUUUCUUUUUUUUCGUUUUCGUUCAGUCGUGACGCCCAAAUUUAUUCGUUCAGUUUCCCUCUGA